AAAAGGCUGGCCCACUGAGGUUGACGAGCUUGUUUGAAUGGAGCACCAGGCUCUUUGUGGCAGGAGGCGGGAGUGAGAGAGCUGCAGUCCGGAGAAAGAAGUCGUUGGCGUAGAGCUGAAGAUGGAGUGUGAUAUUCUGGACGCGCUCGAGGCUUUAGGAUAUAAAGGCCCUCUUCUGGAUGAAGGUGCUCUUAAUAAGGCAGCAGAAAGUGGGUUGGCUUCCCAAGAUUUCUGUGAGCUUUGUGUUUGGUUAAGUUCCAGAAUACAGCCAUUAUGUAACCUGGAAGAAAGCAUCUCCUCCACAGCUGAUGGUGAAGAUGUUGAAGGUUUACAACUUGAGAUGAGUGGCUUUUUAAAAGAACUGGCUUGUCCAUAUUCCACACUUGUGUCUGGAGAAAUUAAAGACCGGUUAAAAAAGAAAGAAGAUUGUCUUAAAGUCCUGUUAUUUUUAAGCACAGAACUUCAGGCUUUGCAGAUACUACAGUUUAAACAAUGUAAAGGUUCUUGUUUGGCAAAGAAUGAUGAAGUCCAUCAAGAAAUCCUGAUGAUCUGUGAUGUUUUAGGGGUACCAAAGUCGUCAGCAUCUUCUGACUUUUGCCCUCUCCCUGUCUUGUUAAACAAUAUAGAGUCAAAGCUUAAGGAUGUUUUGUCAAAAAUUCCCAAUGGAUACAUGGAGAAACCUCUGCUAAAAACUCCAUUGAAUGCAAACCAAAUGAAGCAGCUGGAAAAAAUAAAUGAGGCUCUUCUCACUGAAUAUGAAUGCCGCAGGCGGAUGUUAAUAAAGCGUUUAGAUGUAACUGUACAGUCCUUUGGGUGGUCUGAUAGGGCUAAGCUGAAAACAGAUGAUAUUGCAAGGAUAUACCAACCCAAACGUUACGGACUCACUCCUAAAUCAGUGAUUUCAAUAGCUCAUCUUCUAGCUGCUUGUGAAGAUUUGUCAAAGAUAGUAAGAACAAGCAGUGGCUCUACGCGGGAAAAGACUGUUUGCGCAAUCAAUAAGGUCUUGAUGGGAAGAGUUCCAGAUCGUGGCGGCAGACCAACAGAAAUUGAUCCGCCACCUCCUGAAAUGCCCCCAUGGCAGAAGAGACAGGAUGGCGGUGGUAGAGGAGGCAGGGGAGGUUGGGGAGGAGAUGGAGGAAAUAGAGGUGGGGGUGGGAGAGGUGGGUGGGGUGGGGGUGGGAGAGGAGGGGGUUGGGGUGGCUGGAGAGGAGGAGGUGGAUUUCAAGGGAGGGGUGAUUAUAGUGGGAGAGGAGGCUAUGGGGAGUCGUAUGGUGGAAGGGGAGGUGGCUACAGGAGAUAUUAACAUCUUUAAUAAUGUUGACUGACAUGCACAUACCUUGACAGUAGGGACUCAGAAUACAUUAUAGCUGAUUGGCAGCAUGAUGCUUGAACUGCAUUGAUCAUCCUUAUUGAUGAAUUAUUAUUGUUCCAUUAAUUCAAAACCACCCUAUACAAAAUUAAGUUUCACUACAGACAUGACUUCUGUUCAUGCACAUGUAUGUACUCAUGCAUGUGUGAUUAAUGGGGAUAUAUACAUGAA